AAUGUGAUAUGCUUUUGAAUUAACUAAAAAUGGGUGUAAUUCUGUAUAAGAUUACCACCUGUCGAUAAUAAGCAGUUAUUGUUUGACCGCCACCGCAAUAAUCAGCUGUUGCAUUUAUUGUUUAUAAACGUUUUCAAGAGGCACUGUGCCCAAAUACACAAUUAUGGAUGCCAAAAAAAUAUCUUUUGGCUUUAGCAAGGUGACAAAAAAGCCCAAUCUCUUACCCGUCAAAUUGCCAAAGGAGGAAAAUAAGGUAGAACUCAUAAAAUGUCUCGAAGGCAAGGAAAUCAUGUUGCUCGCCGAAAAACAAGCAAUUGCGCCGCUAGUUAUACAGUUACCAAAUAAUCAAAAAACUUCUACGGCUUUGGCCAGUCUGAUGAAAAGGCGCGCCGUGCUGCUUGGUGAGGAAGAACCAGAGCCUGAAGAGACUGCACAAUCAAUUGCCGAGGUCACUGGGACUGUUAACAGCGAGAACUUGGAGCAACGCGCAGCACGCGAGUUACUUGCUGCUGCCCAAGCAAAUGGUAGUGAUACCACAGAAACUGAAAAGCUUGUAUUACCUGCCCUCAAAGCUGACGAACUGCCACUGGAAGGUGCGAAGGAGUCUUCUUUAGAUGAUUAUGACUCUAUACCAAUACAACAGUUUGGCUUAGCCAUGUUACGUGGCAUGGGUUGGGUUGAACCGCCUCCAAAAAAGAAAGGCGCAGGACCAGUAGACGACGCGCCAUUUAUGCGACCCAAAGGUAUGGGCUUAGGAGCUGACAAGGCACUCAAGCCUAAGGCGCUACUGGUGCAACCUGAACAGAAUGAAGUGCUGGAGAUUAAAAAGACUGCAUAUGUACGCAUACUUGGUGGUAAGCAAAAGGAUCAAUAUGGUCAAAUCGAAGGCUUUGACGAUCAUGCGGGGCGAGUGAUUGUCAAAAUGGCAAUUGGCGGCAACAAAGAGGCUUUCAAUGAGUUUCUCUGCCAGCCCGUCUCCCGCAAAGAGUAUGCUCAAUAUGGCAAAUGCAUAAAUUCGGCCAAGUAUGAGGAGUUUAAAAAGCAUGAGAAUCAACAUGGGCAAAUUAUUAUAAAGCGGGAGAAGUCAACAGAGCGCACAAGUCAUAAGACAGAACGCCGAAAACAGGAUGAGUGUAAGUCCUACAGGACAAAAGAUGAAGAUCGCAAAACGCACAAGACAGAGCCGCGCAGCAGUCGCUUGGAGGAGCGACAAUCUGAGAGUAAAGGCUAUAAAGAAGAGCGUAGCACAGCCUAUAAGUAUGAGGAGAGACGGCCGUAUAAGAGAGAGGAGCGUGAAGAACGUAGUUCCUAUAGAGCAGAUGACAAACACCUCGCUUCCAGCAGCAGCAGUCGCCCUAACUCACGCGGAAGCAGCCGGCACAAGCCAAAAAGUAGUUCUGACGAAGCGGAAGACACAGGGGAAUCCACCGAAAGCGAUUCAGACUCUGCCUACGAGCGCAAGAAUAAGAAAAAAUCAACCAGCAAAUCCAAGAAAAAGAAGUCAAAGAAGAGCAAAAGUAAAACACAUCGUGAGCGUCGUUAUUCCAGUGAUAGUGAAGAUAGCGACAACAGCGCCGAUGACAGGGCUCGGCGACGACACCAGAGCAAGCAUAAAAAGAAAACCAAAAAGAGCAAACAUGCGCGCUCUCGGACACGCUCUCGAUCCCGUGAUGGGCGCGGCAGGCAGUAGUAGUAAUGGAAUAGUACCAAGAAAAUGAAAUGCAAUUU